AGCCGUAUAUUCUCUUUUGGAAACUUUAUUUUAAUUAAUUCUGUCAAAAUAUUUGAGAUAUAAUAUAAAAAACAAAAUUUUUGAAGUCAUCAUUACGGGUUACCAAAAAAAAAUCAAUUUUUGCUUGAAAACAUAACAAACGUGAUGUACAUUUUACUCAUUUUACGGUAUUGUGCUCGUUAUAACCAAUCAGAAUUCGCAAAUUUUGAAAAUAUUUGUGAAUUGUCCAAUAGUAAAUUAUUUUCUUAAAACGUUACCAUAACCUUAAAAAAAAAUACAUAACCAUUGUUGUUUUGUACACUUCAAAUGCCGAAUAUUGUUGUAUUAAAUGAUAAUUAAGCAAUUAGAUUUUAAUACAAAUGUAUAAAAUACGUCAGUAUGGAAUCUCGGAUUAAAAAUAAAUCAAGAAGCAACUUAAUUGAUCAUCGUGAAACUGGUCAAGAUGAGAUGAAAAAACAACUUACUGAAUUGGGCAUGUACGAAGAAGGAAUGUCUUUUACAGAAAUGAAAGACACUUUAACAGUUGUUGAUAAUUCUAAACUAUCAGUUGAACAGGACUCUAUGGAAUUUUCACCACAACCGAAUUUAGAUAAAGUUGUUACAUCACUUCAGACACCACCAUCACCAAUUGACAGUUAUGUAAAUAAACAAAUAAAAGAUGAAGAUCUGAAUUCAGAAUCACGAAUUAGUGAUCAACUAAAAAACUUACAUCAGUUAUCACCAAAAACAGAAAGUAAUUUAGAUUUACAUCAAUCUAAAAUAGAUGAGAAAAUGUCAUCUCAUUGCGCUGCUGAUUCUUUUAUUAACAGUGAGUUGAAGUCUUCUGAUUCAACAGAUUACCAGAAAUCAAAAUCUUUUGAAAAUGUUUGUAGUAUAGAAGAUAAUCAUCGUUUAAAUUUAUUAAACAGUAAAAAACUGGACAAUCAUAAACUUUUGAAACUCAAUUGUUUACCUUCAACUCGACAAAAAUUUUCUAUGGUUGGUGACUUCUCUCAUAAUUUCAAUGCAAUUUUCGAUCAGCAAUGUAAAACUCUAAAUGAAAUGGCAAUAAUGUGGCAUAAUUAUAACACAAAAUCGGAAAGUUGUGAAAUUCAAUGGGGGUCACCUAUUAAGGUUGAAAUAGCUAAUGGAAGUUUGGAUAAAAAACCAUAUUUACCUCCAGAUGAAGAUCAAGACAUUUUAGAAGUAGAUAAUGUGGAAAAAACACCCAUACUAACUGGUCUUCGACCAAGAUUAGCACCGAAAAAUUAUAAUGAUGUCAUUCUUGAUGAUGAUAAUGAUGUUAAAAACAACAAUAAUAAUGAUGAUGAUGAUGGUGGUGGUGGUGAUGACGUUGAACCGAUAUUUCAAAAACGUAAAAAAAUAUCUACUUCUAUCCAAAAACCACCUGUCCAGCCACCGGUUAGAAAACGAAGUGCUGUUAAAACCAAAAAAAAGCAAUUUCAAGAAUCCGUUACAGAAGAAGAAAGUCAUUCAGUUGCAAAAAAUUCAAUCAACUCCAAAAAUCAGUCGACAAACUCACGUAAACGAGCAGCUAAGUCACCAACCCCUGAAUAUCCUGAGCUUAAUAGCUCAAAAAGAAUCAUUGUACCAAGUCAAACAUCGAACUCACUAAACUCCACGGAAACUAAAUUGAAUAAUAGUCAAUCGAGUAAACCAAACACGUUUUCAAUGGAUGAACAAAAAGAAAAAAUAAAUAAAAUAUCUAAAAAUUUAAACGCCGAUGAAAUCGAAUCGAUGAUUACAGAUGAUGAAGAUGAUGAAGUUGUACCAAAUUCUCAAGAACCCGAAAAAUGUACGGAUCGAUUAAACAGAUCAAGUAAAUUGUUACAGCAAUCUAAAUUUAUUGAAAAUAAAGAACGAGAAGAGGCUGAAAAGUGGAAAAAAUUAUUUGUUGAAGGUAAAGAACUUGAAAAAGAAAAUCGACUCCGUAGUAGAAUUAAAGAGCAUACAGUAAUGGCUUUGAAACGGGAAGAAGAAGAAAAAAAAGAACAAGAACAACAAAAUAAAUAUCGUAAUGUAACAACACGACGAUCAAACAAGUGGUUAACUACAAGAAAUGAAUUAGACGCUGAACACUCUCAGAGUAAACAGCCAAUAGUUGUCAACUCGGAUGAUGAGUCGUCUAUGAUGGGAAAAGAAGAGAUAAGUUCAGAUGAAGAUACUUCUACUGGAUACAAAAAUGUUCAAUGCCCACUUUGUAAUAAAUAUUUUACUCCCAAUAAAAUAGAGUCUCAUGCUGAUCAAUGUGCUUCAAUUUCUGAUAAUGUACAAAAGCAUGGUAGUCAAAGCGAAGAAAAUUCUGAAGUGAGUAAAACUUCGCCACCAUUACUAACCUGUCAAAACUGUAACAACUUUAGAACAAGAGACAGUAAAAUUUUUGAAACGCAUUGCUCAUAUGAAUGUGAUCAGAAUUUUAAUGACCAAGAUACUGUGAGUAAUAAAAAACCAACAAUGUCUAUGACUGUCCAGCCCACAUCAUCAACGUCUGAUCAAUCAAGUAGAAAAAGAAAACGCUGUUCUAACGUGAUGGUCCCUGUCGAAUCGUAUAUUUUUCUUGAAGAACAACAAUAUAUUAAUAAUACUUUUAUUGAUGAUAAUGAUAUAAAAAAUAGAUGGGUUGGCAAUAGCACCUUUUUAAUUAGAAGUCAAUUCCCAUCAACCUUGAAUAUGCUUCAGGCUCAGAAGCUUUUACUCAUUUUUCAUGGGAUCGAUACUUUUUCUAAAAUAGAACUUAAUGGUCACGAAAUAGGCAAAACGGAUAAUAUGUUUACACGAUAUGUUUUUGAUAUUAAAGAUUACAUAAAAAAUAAUGCAAGCUCAAGUAACAAGUUGAUGGUAAUAAUUGAAUCUUCGAUGAAAUUAGCUAAAGAUUUAUAUUAUAAUCAUAGUCAAAAAUACAUUGUUUAUCCAAAAUGUGUUCCAAAAACAUAUCAUGGCGAGUGUCAUGUUAAUCAUAUUCGUAAAAUGCAAGCAAGCUUCGGUUGGGAUUGGGGUCCAGCGAUACCUACUAGUGGAAUUUGGCGUGAUGUCGAUCUUAUGAUAGUGCAAGAUGCUGUAAUAUUGGAUCAUACAGUAGAUUUGUAUGAAAUUAAUAAAACGAACUGGAGAAUAAAUGUAACUGUUUUUCUCGAAAUAGCUCUCAUUAGUCCAAGUGAGCCGAUUCAAUGUGAAUUAUCGAUCAUUUUAAAAAUAAAUAGUUCUUAUUUAAAUAAUUCAAAAACAAUUAAUCUGCUCAAUAGUCAACAGCAAUCUAUAUCUUUAGAUGUUCUUGAGAGUCAAAUACAUCGUUGGUGGCCAAACGGUUAUGGCUCUCAAACUCUUUAUAAUAUAACAACCAAAUUGAAAACCAAAAGUGGUGUACAAAUACGUAAAAAACGUAUUGGUUUUAGAACAGUUAAGUUAGUCCAGGAACCUUUAAAAAAAGGUUUGAGUUUUUAUUUUCAAAUUAAUGAGAUUCCAAUUUUCGCAAAAGGUAGUAAUUUUAUACCGAUGAGUAUAUAUCCAAGUAAAUCAUCGAAUCAGACAUACGCAAGGUAUCUUUUGGAAUCAGCAAAACAAGUUAAUAUGAAUAUGCUUCGAGUUUGGGGCGGUGGUGUAUAUGAGUCUGAUUUUUUUUAUGACUUAGCUGAUGAAUUAGGAUUGAUGAUUUGGCAAGACUUCAUGUUUGCUUGUUCUAUGUAUCCAACUACACCUGAAUUUUUAGCUUCAGUAAAAGAGGAAGUUAAGCAGAAUGUUUGGAGACUCAAAUCCCAUGCAUCAAUCGUUAUUUGGGCAGGGAAUAACGAAAAUGAAGCAGCUUUAUACGGCAAUUGGUAUGGUACUGGAACGCAAAAAAUUUACAAAAAUGAUUACAUUGAACUGUACGUAAAUUUAAUAAAAUCAGAAGUUAAAAAAUUAGAUUCAACCCGUCCUUUUGUCGUAUCAAGCCCCAGUAAUGGAGACUGGGCAGAUCAGAAUGGUUGGAUUGGAACAGAUCCAUAUUCUACUUUUUAUGGAGACAUUCACUAUUAUAAUUAUUUAGCUAAUGGAUGGGAUAUUAAUAUUUAUCCUCGCCCACGGUUUUCGUCAGAGUAUGGUUUCCAAUCGUUGCCAUCAAUUUACAGUUUAAAAACUGUAGUCAAUAAUUUAAAAGAUUUAACUAUAGAUUCGCAAUUUUUGCAACAUCGUCAACAUUUGCCGGGUGGAUGUGAAUUUAUGAAAUCGCUGAUAACAAAAAAUUUAAAACUUCCCGAAACCACUGAUGCACUAAAUUAUUUUGAUAAUUAUAUUUAUUUAAGUCAAAUAAAUCAAGCCCAAUCUGUUAAAGUACAAACAGAAUCAUAUCGCCAAGCCAAAAGUUAUACUUAUGACUCGGGUGAAGGUAAUACAAUGGGCGCACUUUAUUGGCAACUAAAUGAUGUUUGGCCCGCACCUUCAUGGUCAUCAAUUGACGAAGGGGGCAGCUGGAAAAUACUUCAUUAUUUUGCUCAGAAUUUUUUUGCACCGAUCAUUAUAAGUCCAAGAUUAUCACCAACUAAUGAUAUAACAAUAUUUAUUGUUUCCGAUGAAUUGAACCCGAGAUAUAAUUGUUCGGUCGAAAUCAAUGUCCACAAAGUACAGAAAGAAAGAUUUUCUAACAUUAUUACCCAAAAAUUCAACAAUGUUACUAUUAAUGCAAAUAUAGCUUAUGAAUUAUCAACGGUAAACCUUGAAGAAACACUCACAAAUGCCUCUUGCGGUGCUACCUUAAUUGAAGCGAAAAAGAAUUGUCUAAUUGAUAUGAACUUGAAAGACCAUGAUGGAAACCAAAUAGCACCAACUAACUAUAUUUAUCCUUCUGCCCUCAAAAAUUUCGACUUACCAGCUUGUGAAAUGAUAGUAUCCUUCGAUUCUAUUGACUAUAAAGUUACUCUUCAAUCUCUCUGCGGAAUUCAGCUAUUUGUAUGGUUUGAUUUUUCAAGUUAUAGAUCUGGAAGAUUUUCCGAAAAUGGAUUCCAUGUCAUGCAAGGUGUCAAAAAAAUUUAUUUUUAUCCGAAUACUGAGACAUUUGACUUGUUUGGAUUUAUUCAACAUUUGAAAGUUGUAAGUUUAGGUCAAUUAUACAUGACUCCUCAGCCCACCAAUAAAGUUUGUAUCAACUGUCUCAAUCUCUAAAUGGUUAUAUUUUUAUGUUAAAUUAAAAUUAAAAUCUAAAAAAAAAAAAAAUAAUAAGUUUAUUAAAACUUACGACAGAAAAUAGAUUUCAUAAUG